ACCUAAUCAAACUACUAUCUUCUUCUUGGUUCUUUAUCAUCUCCUCCGCACAUUUCUCUUCUUUUUGGUCAAAAAACCAUUAGUCUUAAGAACACAUUUCUCUAUUUUAUACAUAUAAAGGAAAUUAGUAAUGGAAUAUAAAGUAAAAUCAUCAUCAUCUUCUUCUUCAUUCACCACUCAACUCUUUGGCCCCAAGGAACCUUCUUCCUCCUCCAACUUCAACUCUAUUUUCCCUCCUCCCUCAAAGGGAACAGCAAGAAACAUCCUAAGCUCCAAACAUGGGUCCCUAGACGAACGUAAGGAAUCGGCAACCUGCAAUCUAAGUUCAUCUCUUUACUACGGUGGUCAAGACGUUUACUCUGGAUCCACAAGCAACCAUACUUACCCUACCGUUAACAAGGCACAGCCCAGAGGAAACGAUGACGCUAGUGGAAACAACUCGCAGGACGCAUCCAGAGGAAACUGGUGGCAAGGUUCACUUUAUUAUUAGAAUAUUUUUCUUUCGGAACUAUGAAGAACAUCAAGUUGAAACAGAGAACGAUUUUGAUCGUAUCUUUCUUAGUUUGACUUGUUGGAAAGAAAUUGUAUCCAUACGAUGCUUUGUUUGUCUC